AUGGGUGAGUUCCAGGCACCCUGUGUCACCUCUCGCUUCUGGUUCAUGAAAGUUCAACAGAUGCUCGACGAUAAGGAGUCUGUCCAUCAGCUUCGAGAAGAUCCGCAUGGGACCGCUCUCGGUGCCAUAGACAGCAUGAGCGAUUACGCGUGCUUCGCCUCUGACCAGUGCUACCAGUGGACACUGAACUUUCGCGGAAACUCGGAUGUAAAAUCUAUCGCGACGUCCUCGUUCGCGAGCUUCCUCUGCAUCGUCUUCUCUCCGCCCACCGCAUCUCACAGGACUUCGAUCUGGGCAUUCAUGGGGGACCGGGCGAUGUCUCCGUUCUUUCGGCGCAUAUCAUCCCUCGUCUCCGUCGCGAAUAUUGAACCUCCCUCCUCCCUUCCCUUGUCCAUGAUGCAGCCCGGUCCCUCCAGCCCCGCCUCCCCCGAAGCUCUCCCUGUGGUCCCAAAGUUAGACAACACAUAUGGAGCCGUGUUGGUCGCCACUUUCGUUGGCUUGAUAGUGUACGGCAUCUCUUUUCAACAGGCUCAGCACUAUUUUCGACGCUACUGGUCCGACAGUCUGUUUGUUAAACUCCUCCGUAGUCAGUACUUUCAAUUCAAUCGUGUAUAUGCAUCUGUGGUCAAUCAAGUCCAUUAUACCGACAAACGUAAUGUCGAGGUCUGGGCUGCAACCGUUCUUCUUGGACAGACGUUCUACGCUCGCCGAGUGUUUCUAUUGGGCGGAUGGUAUCGGCACGUUGCUGUACUAGUAGCGAUCUUGAUGAUGGGUUGUUUCGAGGCUCACUCUCAGCCGAAUAGCUGUCGGCACCUUACCAUUCCAGCAUGGGAACCAUUCACGUGGAUGACCUCUGCUGCGUUCGGGUUCUCGCUGGGCACAGACGUGCUGCUCUCGCUCACGCUUCUUGUGUUUCUGCGCACCAACCGGACCGGGUUCGAAAGGUAUUCGGUUUCCUUUCGACGAAUGGAAUAUAUCGGUGAAGCGAUUAUCAGGACGGACUCCUUCAUCAAUAUUCUGACUGUGUACACUAUCAACACUGUCUUCCCACUUCAUUGGGGUAGUUCUCACGUACGCGUCAGCAUCCUGAGCAUAUCCUGUCUCGUGCUGGCUCUCGUACUCCCUGACAACCUCGUCUACGCGGCGGUGGUAUUCCCGACAGUCAAAUGUUACGUCACAUCGGUCCUAGCAGUGUACGCACCGGUUGAACUGUCGGGGCUUCACGCGCAAGGCAGGGUCGGCGUCCGGCUCAUCUGGCAAAGCUUCGGUGAGCAGCCGUGCGCCUAUCACUUCCCAUCUGCUUCGCUCAUCCAUGGCGCCUGUGCGGGUACCGACAUGCGGCCGACCUACCAGAAUGUGGAUGUCAGCACCGUCAAGGUUGGCGUCGCGCAGUCCCUCGCUGUGGGGGAGUAUUCACCCCGCACACUGUUCAGUGAGGUGAAACCAGGCCCGGAAUCACCCCACGUAUACGCCCAGCCGAUCCCGGGGACGGAGUACUCGCUCCGCCUCUUUCCCGGGUCGUACUCGUCUCGAGAAUGGGGCAUGUACUUUGUCGAGACGGACACGGGGCGGCCCGGAGUCAACUCGCCGUUCCCGUUCGGGCUGUGGAUGCUCGCCCAUUAUACGUUCCCGCUGCAGGGGGGCAACGUCGGCCCACUUCGUUCCCUGGACCUUUCUCUCAGGCCGGCACAAGACAAGAUCCCGGCCGGGAGAAGACGGACGGACGUACGCACUCUGCCGGCCGGGGAUGUGCAUUUCGACGCCCCCAUCAGGCCCGCGGUGUCUGCAGACGGCUCCUCCGAGAGUGACUAUGUAUGA